AUGCGUGUUUAUUCGAGGGCAAUCGGCGCCAGUUUUGGAGGCAUACAACAAAUUGUUAUUUUUGCUUUUCUGACUGCGGUUUUCUUUGUUUUGCUUAGCAAAUCAUUAGGCAAUGGAGUUUUGACGAUCUCUUGGCAGCCAGCCGUUGUUCCAGCAUGUGCCAAAGCUGAGAAGCGGACUUUUAUUUCCAAAAAAGUUGUGGAUCACGGUGUGAUUAAGUUUGCUUUACCCGAAGAACUCAAGAAUACGAAAGUAUUCGAAAAUUUUCAAACGAGGAAACGCAUAUUGGACCGAUCCUGUAGCGUGGCUCGACGUGUUCUUAAUUCGAGAGAUCAGACACACACGGAGCGGUUGAAUUUCCAGAAACAGAUUUUAGACUUCAAUUCAGCGCUGCCCGAUGAAACCUUAUGCGUGCCUAGGCUUGCUGAUAAAAGCCAGAAACAAGAGCACUUCUUCAACGAUACUUUCAAAUUCUCCGUUUGUCUCCCAACGAAAACUGGUUGUACCAAUUGGCAGCGCGGUCUUGUUUCAUUGGUCAAAAUGGGUGAAAAAACUCCGGAAGAACUGGACGACAGCGAGAUAUUCUACGAUUUGGAUCGUUAUCCUAAAAUUGGGAUGGGUAAAGAGCGCUCUUCGCGAGGACCUUCCAACGGAUACUUGACGAUGAUCAAUGUUCGACAUCCUUUUAGCCGAUUGCUCAGUGCUUACCGCGACAAGUUUAGAAAAGGACAUCCUUGGAUGAAGAUCGUGGAGCCGAAAUUCGGUUUCGUCUUGAAAAAAUUUGAAAAGAAAAAUAUGGAUGUUGAGAUGUUUGAAUAUUCGUUUCCCGCGUUCUUGGAGUUAGCAGCAGCUGCCGAAUACGACUUCGAACGCGAUCAGCACUGGAGAACAAUGACUUUUCAUUGCGGUCCUUGUCAUAACGAAUUCGACUUUGUUGUUCAUCAAGAACAGGGCUCAGAAGAACAAGACUUUAUACUCAAAGCAAUGAAUGUGGCAGAGUCGACGCACAUCCCAGGCAAAUACACAACUGCGCUGAAGGGUUACGACGAUGUCAUAGAAUUUUACAAAGGCAUCCCAAAGGCUGUAAUUGAACAGCUCUACAGGAUCUAUUACAGUGACUUCGUAUUUUUCGGUUAUCAAAUCGACGAUUUUUAUGCCGUGGCUGUUGAUGAAAAGCCUGACGAUCCAAUUCACGAAGAUAGAAAAUGGGCAAAGAUGGCACUUUCUAAAAAGUUUUUCGUCUAUAAAGAAAAAUUUCACGAAAACGAGUGCGACGAAUCGUUCAAUGUGGAUUACGAAUCUGUACCUCAAUAA